AUGGCCAACGGCGAGAGCUGCAACAUCCCCCUAGAUGCCGUCAUCGGCCGUUGCUACGAGCUUCUCGGCGCAGAACUGAUGUUCGGCACGCGCAGUCUAGACUACGAUGUCUCCGGCGUCAUGGAGAGCCGUCACUACUCCGCGCAGGCCGACGCUCGCAUCCCAGCGGACGAAACAUGGUUCCGGGGCGAUUGUCGAUUUGAAACACUUCCAGCCACCAAAUGGGUCUCGUCCCAAGAGAAUGGCCACAACGGUCUUCCUUCUAUUCGCGCCGCUCGUCCUAAGGAUGACGACCCGGAUGUCAACCAGCGGUUAAACCAGGCUAUCCGCGAUACUCAGGCACGUGUUGCGGCAGCGCUUUUCAAUCCCGCCCACGGGAGGGUUUAA